GGAAAAGAAAGAUGGCACGUAAUGAAGAAAAAGCAAGAUCUAUGUUAAAUAGAUACUUGAAUUUAAAGAAUGGUGAAGCUAAAAGCGAAGAAAAGAGACCUUAUUUAAGUUCAGAAUGCGACUCAUUGGUAGAUGCAGAGAGAUGGAGACGUCAAAUUUUAAAAGAAAUCACAAAAGGAAUUACAGAUAUUCAAAAUUCAUCACUUGGCGAAUUUAAAAUUAGAGAUUUAAAUGAUCAUAUCAAUAAAUUGGUUAGAGAAAAAGGACAUUGGGAAAGAAGAAUUUUAGAAUUAGGAGGUCCAAACUAUAGAGCAAUUACACCUAAAAUUUUUGAUGCAGACGGUAAAGAACCAUUGGGCACAGGUACAUACAGAUAUUAUGGUGAAGCUAAAAACUUACCAGGUGUAGCGGAAUUAUUUGAAAAACCAGAUACAAAAGAUUUAAACGAAAAGAAAACAAGACACGAUUUACUUAGAGUUGUGGAUUCAGAUUACUAUGGUUAUAGGGAUGAUGAAGAUGGCAAAUUAGAGGAAAUAGAAAAAGAAUAUGAACAAAGAGCUAUCGAAUCGAAUGUCGAGCAAUGGAAAAAAGAACAAAGAGAUAAAUUACAAAUUAAAUCCAAUAGGUUUGGUAAUAGAGAUCCAAGCAAAAAUAUAUUUAAUAAUAAAACUGUAAAUAAUAACGAAGAUGAAAUCAAUGUAGAUAUGGAAGAUGAACCACAAGAAGGAGAAGAUGAAAUAAAUAUAAAGAACAACAACAACAACAAUAAUAAUUCAGAUAUAGAUAUUAAAUUUAAAUCACAUGUACCAUUACCAUCAAAAGAUCAAAUUGAAUCUAUUCUUUUAGAAAAAAGAAAAGAAGAAUUAAGAAAACGAUAUGCACAAGAAUAAGUAAUAAAUAAUAAAUAAAAAUAAAUAAAACAUUAAUGUAUUUUGUUAAUGUAAAAAAUAAUAAUCCUUUUUUUUUUAAAAAAUAUAU